AUGAUUGCAAAACUAAUCUGGAAUAAAAGAAAUGAUUUUGUUUUUGGCAAGGGAUUCAGCCACCCAAACCAACUUAUCAACAGAGCCAAGAGGGACCUUGAUUUGUUCAACCAGAUCCAGAGGCAACCGGAUGGUGUGCAAGGGACCAAGGACCAAGCAGCUGUCAAGUGGAUUAGACUCCCAAAAGACUGGUAUAAGUUGAACUGGGAUGCAGCUUUAAGUGACACUCGGGGCCGACUUGGAGUUGGAGGCAUUCUCAGAAACAGUGAUGGCCAGAUGGUGGGUACUAUACAAGCUCAAAGACAUUUGAGGUUGGAUGCAUUCAGUGGUGAAGCAUAUGCUAUGAUGGUGUGUGUGAAUUUCUGCAGGGAAAUGGAGGUGAACCGUUUCAUCCUAGAGGGUGAUGCUCUACGGGUGGUUAAGCUACUUAGUGGAGCACAAGAGGACUGGAGCUACGGGGGGCUUAUAAUCAAGGAAGCCAAGAUGCUGUUGAACAGGUUCACGGAGUGGCAUGCAGUCCACACCAAGAGGGAGGGCAAUAAAGCAGCCCAUGUGUUAGCAAAAGGAGCUUUAUCUCUUAAUGAGGACGUGUAUGAUUUUGAAGAAGUACCUCUUUGUGUUCAGCACGUUGUAGCUUCUGAUAUGUUGUAA